AUGCUCGAUGCCCGAUCUUCCAAACCAAAAGCCAAUGGAAAGGCAAAGACGGCCACAGAGACCUAUCAAAAGCUGACUCAGCUUGAGCACAUCCUCAAGCGCCCAGACACGUACAUUGGCAGCGUAGAACGCCAGACCGACACGCUGUGGGUGUAUGACAAGACUUCGCAGAGCAUGGCUCACAGGAAGAUUGAGUACGUGCCCGGCUUUUACAAGAUCUUCGAUGAGAUUCUCGUGAAUGCCGCAGACAACAAGGUCCGCGACCCAACCAUGUCUUGGAUUAAAGUCAAGAUUGACCGUGACGAAGGGUCCAUCUCCGUUGAGAACAAUGGCCGUGGUAUCCCCAUUGAAAAGCAUGAGAAAGAAAAGGUCUACAUUCCAGAGCUCAUCUUCGGUCACUUGCUCACAUCAUCGAACUAUGAUGAUGACGAAGACAAGGUCACCGGUGGCAGGAACGGCUAUGGUGCAAAGCUUGCCAAUAUCUAUUCCACCGAAUUCACUAUCGAGACGGGGAACAAGGACAUUGAAAAGAAAUAUUCACAGACAUUCAGCGAGAACAUGCAGAAAAUCGGAAAGGCUUCCAUCGUCAAGGGAAAGACUGACUUUACCAAGAUCACCUUCAAGCCGGACUUUCAGCGGUUCGGCAUGAGCGGCAUCAACGACGACAUCGAGGCGCUCAUGAUGAAGCGUGUCUAUGACAUGGCGGGCACAGUCAAGGACUGCAAUGUCUGGCUCAAUGGGGAGAAGAUCAAAAUCAGCAGCUUCAAAGCGUACGUCGAGAUGUACGUCAAGGCCAUCCGUGAGAUGGGCGGUGAGGACGACGCGUCGGUGGCCGGUGUCGUUCCUGGACAAUCUAGCAAGGAAGACAAGCCGACAAUCAUCUACGAAGCUUCCACAGACAAGGGAAAGCUGUGGGAAGUGGCAUUCGCCGUCUCGGAUGGCACCGCGCGUCAAGUGUCCUUUGUCAACAACAUCGCCACCAUCAGAGGUGGUCGCCACGUUGACAUGGUCGAGCAUCAGAUCGUCUCCAAAAUUAUCGAGAAUAUCACCAAAGGAAAGAAAGCGUCAGGCGUCAAGCCGGCACAAGUCAAGAACUACUGUUGGAUCUUUGUCAACUCGCAGAUCGUCAACCCAACAUUUGAUGGUCAGACAAAGGAGACGCUAACGCUCAAGCCGAGCGCUUUCGGAAGCAAGUGGACUAUCUCGGACAGCUUUGAGAAGAAGGUGCUCAAGAGCGGCGUGCUCGACCAUGUGGUCUCAUUCGCCAAAUUCCAACAGGAGAAGCAGAUGAAGAAGACAGAUGGUGCCAAGCGCAAGAGAAUUACCGGCAUUCCGAAGCUCGAGGAUGCCAACAAUGCAGGCUCCGGUCGCAAGAGCCGUGAAUGUACACUCAUCCUGACCGAAGGAGACUCGGCUAAAGCGCUAGCCGUGUCUGGUCUAACUGAGGUCGGACGUGACAACUACGGCGUCUUCCCCCUUCGUGGCAAGCUGCUCAAUGUGCGCGAAGCGAGCCACGAUCAGAUCAUGAAAAACGCCGAGAUUUUGAACAUCAAAGAAAUCCUCGGCCUGCGUCACGGCCAGGUGUAUGAGAAUGUCGACUCAUUACGCUAUGGUAGUUUGAUGAUAAUGACGGAUCAGGAUCACGAUGGAUCGCAUAUCAAGGGACUCAUCAUCAACUUCUUUGACACCUUCUUCCCAUCCUUGCUCAAGCUGCCCGACUUUUUGGUUGAAUUCAUCACGCCCAUCGUCAAGGCGACCAAAGGAAAACAGGAGCUAGCCUUUUUCACGAUUCCAGAGUACGAGACAUGGAAGGGACAGAACAAUAAUGGAGCCGGCUGGAAGAUCAAAUACUACAAGGGUCUAGGUACGAGUGAAUCGUCUGACAUCAAGAAAUACUUCCGAGCAAUGAACAAGCACAUGCUUCCGUUCGAGCCAAUUACAACUGGUGACCGCGAGCUCAUCGACUUGGCAUUCAACAAGAAGAAAGCGGAUGACCGCAAGGAGUGGCUUCGUCAAUUCAAGCCUGGUACUUUCCUGGACCAUAACAUCAGCAAGGUCCCUGUCGCAGACUUCAUCAACAAGGAGCUCAUUCUCUUCUCCAUGGCUGACAACAUGCGUUCCAUCCCCAGCAUGGUGGAUGGGCUCAAGCCAGGUCAGCGUAAGAUCCUAUUCGCCUGCUUCAAGCGCAAGCUUACGCCCAAGCAAGAAAUCAAGGUCGCACAGCUGGGAGGUUACGUGUCUGAACAUACUGCUUACCACCACGGCGAGAACAACCUUGCGAUGACCAUCGUUGGCCUCGCUCAGAACUUCACCGGUUCCAACAACAUCAAUCUUCUUGCUCCCAGGGGUCAAUUCGGUACCCGUGCUCUCGGUGGCAAGGACGCAGCUGCGGCUCGUUACAUUUUCACUACUUUGCCAGAGCACACGCGCCACUUGUUCCACCCAUCUGACGACGCGCUUCUCAACUACCUUAAUGAGGAAGGGCAAAGUAUCGAGCCUGAUUGGUACAUUCCAACGAUCCCACUAGUCCUUGUGAAUGGUUCGGACGGUAUCGGAACCGGGUGGUCAUCGUCCGUUCCCAACUACAACCCCAAGGACAUCAUCCGCAAUCUGCGCCGUCGCUUGAAGGGCGAGGAGUACAUCAAGAUGCAUCCGUGGUAUCGCGGCUUCACGGGUCCGAUUGAGCCAGACACUCCAGAGCGCUACAAGAUCUCUGGCAUAGCCCGCCAGGUCAGCCCUGACGAUCCGAAAGUCUGGGAGAUUACAGAGUUGCCUGUGCAGACAUGGACCACGACGUACAAGGAAUUCCUCGAAGCCAAGGUGGUCGGCAACGAAAAGUCCCCUGCCACGAUUAAGGACUACAAGGAAUACCAUUCGGACCGAACGGUGCACUUCAUCAUCGAGCUCAAUGACAAGGGUGUUGAGGAGAUUAAGAAGGAAGGGGCUGACAAGUGGUUCAAGCUUUCCACUACCAAAGCGACUACCAACAUGGUGCUCUUCGACGCUGAUGGCAAGAUCAAGAAGUACGCCAACGUCGAGGAGAUCCUUGAAGACUUUUAUCUUCUGCGCAUGUCUUUCUACCAGAAGCGAAAGGAUUAUUUGGUCGAAGCACUCAAGGAUGUGUAUGACCGACUGUCCAACCAAGCGCGCUUCGUCAAGAUGAUCAUCGAAAGAGAGCUGGUUGUGUCCAACCGGAAGCGCAGUGAUAUCGUCGCCGAUCUGCGAAAGAAGAAUUUCCGUCCUUUCCCCAAGCAAGUUCAAGCUGUGGCUGCCGCCGACAUCGAGCUCGACCCAGAGGAGAAUGAUCCUGCUGCUAUUACUUCUGACAACGACUACGACUAUUUGCUUAACAUGGCGAUUUACAAUCUGACACGCGAGAAGGUCGAAAAGCUGCUUGCGCAACGCGAUGCCAAGGAAGCCGAGCUGAACGCGCUUCUCGGUCUCACACCGUCCAGCCUGUGGGAGGUGGAUCUGGAUGCAUUUGAGGCGCAGUGGGAGGGCAUAUUGGAUGAGGACGAUCGUACCAUUAAGGAAGCUUCCAAGUUGUCGAACAGAAAGGGAAAGGCGCCAGUCAAGAGUGCUCCUAAAGCGGCUGCGGCUGCUCGCAAAGUGCUGAAGAACGAGGAUUCUGACCACGACAUCGCCGUGGACGAUCUGAGCGAGGAUGAGUUCAAACCGUCCAGGAGUAGGAAGCCUGCCAAGCCAAGAGUGCUCUCGGCAACAUCAGCUGCCAAGCGCACCGCCAACGCCCUCGACGAUGAUGACCUGGAGAUCAUUGCAGGUGGCGCUAGCGCCUCCACAGCCAAGAAGCCAUUCGCCCUGAGCGGGAAGGCAACAGAAGAAAAUGACGACGGGAACGAUCUGUAUUUAAAGAAGCCCAGCACGAGCGCGAGCAAAGCGGGGUCGUCGGGAGCCACUGCGCGCAAGGCCUCGGCGAAAAAGCAGAAGAUCGAGCUCAGCGAUGACGAUUCAAUCGUCAUCGCAGCGCCAGUGCCACCGCGCGACAAGUCGAGUCGCGCGCGCAAAGUCUCGGCUCACGCCAAAUACAUUGAAACUGAUGAGGACGAGGAGUGA